AUGGCCGAGCAAGAGCAAGAGAUAGAAAGAGUCAAUGAAGAGCUUACAGAUCUACGUGGGAAUAUAGGUCAAAUCAUGGAGAUGUUGCAAAUCGUCAAUCCGGUGAUUAAUCCUCAACCUGCAGUUACUACUCCAGCAACUUGGCCUCCCUUUGGUAUUCCUAAUGGUUUUAUGCCUCCUCCUCAAGGACAAUCCACUCAGCAUACAGUUUCACUAACUACUGAAGUUAAUCAAGUGAUUCCCACUGCCAUGCACACUCGAGUUCAACCAUACUUCGAUGAUCAUCAACAAGUGUAUGAUAUACCUAAUAUGUCUGAAGAAGGUUAUGAAAGACAUGAAAAGUUGAGAGAAAAUGUUGAAACUAUUGAGAAAAGGCUGAGAGCAAUGGAAGGUGAUCAGAUCUUAGGUGUUGCUUCCAGAGAAAUGUGCCUUGUAUCUGGAUUGGUAAUCCCUGCAAAAUUCAAGACACCCAACCUUGAUCAAUAUGAAGGAGUUACUUGUCCUAAAAGUCAUCUUAUCAUGUACUAUAGAAAGAUGGAAGCUUACAUGGACAAUGACAAACUCAUGAUCCACUAUUUCCAAGACAGUUUGAAAGGUGCCUCUUCCAAAUGGUACUUGACCCUUGAUCAGACUCUCAUCCGUUGUUUCCAAGAUUUGUCUGAUGCUUUCAUUAAACAAUACAAGUACAACAUGGAUCUAGCUCCUGAUAGAAGGCAAUUGUUGAGCAUGUCUCAAAAAGAUUCUGAAUCCUUUAAAGAAUAUGCAUAA